AUGGCUGCAAACGCCAGAUAUGAGCCCGCCCCCCAGCGGGACUCCUGGACGAUCCGUCCUACUCCCAAGCGCCUCCCUCCUAUCAGGCUACUGCGGAGCCAGCACCUCGCAGCGAAGAUGACAACCUGCCAGAUGAUUUCAAGAACGGUCCAACUUCUCCUUACAACCAUCCUCAGCUCAAUCUCCUUCUUCAACGAACCCUACCGCAUCUGGAUCCAAUCCCACUUCUGGGUAAUGAUAAUCUCCGUCUUCGGCGCCCUAGGCUUCAUGCUCGCAACAUUCUGGAAGCGCAAGUCCUACCCCACAAACCUCCUCUUCUUAUCCGGUUUCACCAUCCUCGAAGCCUACUCCAUCAGCGUGGCGACAUCCCUGUACGACGGACGGGUGGUCAUCCAAGCGCUCGCGCUGACGCUCGGUAUCUUCGUCGCACUUACUCUCUUCGCAUGCCAGACGAAGUACGAUUUCACGGACUGGAUGCCGUACCUUUUCGGCGCGUUGUGGUUCAUGAUCCUGUUCGGGUUUGUGGCUAUGUUUAUCCCGUUCAAUAGUACUAUUGAGAUUAUCUAUGGUGUGCUGGGUGCGCUGAUCUUCUCGGGAUAUAUCCUUGUUGAUACGCAGCUUGUUAUGCGCCAUUACCACGUGGAGGAGGAGAUUGCCGCUUCGAUCUCGCUUUAUCUGGAUGUGCUUAAUCUGUUCAUGUCCAUUUUGCGGAUUUUGAAUGGUGCUAACAACAAUAACUAA